CGCGGGGCCGCGGAGCUGCCGGCCUUUGUGUGGCGCGCCGGCCGCGCCCGCCGGGCCGCUCCGCGCAGGGCCUCCGCCGCUGCUCCCGCGACAUGGCCACCCCCGCGGCCGUCAACCCUCCGGAAAUGGCUUCGGACAUCCCUGGAUCAGUGACACUGCCCGUUGCCCCGAUGGCGACCGCUGGACAGGUGAGGGUGCCCGGGGCCAUGCCUGCCCGAGGAGGAAAGCGGCGUUCUGGAAUGGACUUCGACGAUGAAGAUGGUGAGGGUCCCAGCAAAUUUUCAAGAGAGAACCACAGUGAGAUCGAAAGGCGCAGGCGGAACAAGAUGACACAGUACAUCACCGAGCUGUCGGAUAUGGUGCCCACAUGCAGCGCACUGGCCCGAAAGCCAGACAAGCUCACCAUCCUGCGCAUGGCGGUGUCGCACAUGAAGUCCAUGCGAGGCACGGGGAACAAGUCCACGGACGGCGCCUACAAGCCCUCCUUCCUGACGGAGCAGGAGCUGAAGCAUCUCAUCCUGGAAGCGGCUGAUGGAUUUCUGUUUGUCGUGGCGGCCGAGACCGGGCGUGUCAUCUACGUGUCUGACUCCGUCACGCCCGUGCUGAACCAGCCCCAGUCGGAAUGGUUUGGGAGCACGCUGUAUGAACAGGUGCAUCCUGAUGACGUGGAGAAGCUGAGAGAACAGCUGUGCACCUCGGAAAACUCCAUGACAGGCCGGAUCUUGGACCUGAAGACUGGCACGGUCAAGAAAGAAGGGCAGCAGUCGUCCAUGAGGAUGUGUAUGGGCUCGCGGAGAUCCUUCAUCUGCAGGAUGAGGUGUGGAAAUGCUCCUUUGGACCACCUCCCACUGAACAGAAUAACCACCAUGAGGAAAAGGUUCAGGAACGGCCUCGGCCCCGUGAAAGAAGGGGAAGCCCAGUACGCCGUGGUCCAUUGCACAGGCUACAUCAAGGCCUGGCCGCCAGCAGGAAUGACGGUACCCGAAGAAGACGCGGAGGUGGGACAGGGCAGUAAAUACUGCCUCGUGGCAAUCGGGAGGCUUCAGGUGACCAGCUCUCCCGUGUGCGUGGACAUGAGCGGGAUGUCGGUGCCCACGGAGUUCUUGUCGCGGCACAGCUCUGACGGCGUGAUCACGUUUGUGGACCCCAGGUGCAUCAGCGUGAUUGGCUACCAGCCCCAGGAUCUUCUAGGAAAGGACAUUUUGGAAUUCUGCCACUCUGAGGAUCAGAGCCAUCUGCGUGAGAGCUUUCAGCAGGUGGUGAAGCUGAAAGGGCAGGUGCUGUCGGUCAUGUAUCGAUUCCGCACCAAGAACCGGGAGUGGCUGCUGAUCCGCACCAGCAGCUUCACCUUCCAGAACCCCUACUCCGACGAGAUUGAGUACAUCAUCUGCACCAACACCAACGUCAAGCAGCUGCAGCAGCAGCAGGCAGAGCUGGAAGUGCACCAGAGGGAUGGGCUGACGUCCUAUGACCUAUCGCAGGUUCCUGUCCCCAACCUGCCCGCCGGUGUGCACGAAGCCGGGAAGUCUGUGGAAAAGGCAGAUACCAUCUUUCCCCAGGAGAGGGAUCCCCGGUUUGCUGAGAUGUUUGCAGGAAUCGGUGCGUCGGAGAAGAAGAUGAUGAGCUCGGCCUCUGCGGCAGGGACCCAGCAGAUCUACUCCCAAGGCAGCCCCUUCCCCGCCGGACACGCAGGGAAAGCCUUCAGCUCUUCAGUGGUUCACGUGCCUGGAGUGAACGAUAUCCAGUCCUCCUCUUCAAGCAGUCAGAACAUGUCCCAAAUCUCCCGGCAGCUAAACCAGAGUCAGGUGGCGUGGACAGGGAGUCGGCCACCCUUUCCCGGGCAGUCCAGCAAAACGCAGUCGUCUCCCUUUGGGAUCGGAACGAGCCACACCUACCCGGCCGACCCCUCCUCCUACAGCCCGCUCUCCAGCCCGGCUACCUCCUCGCCCAGCGGGACCGCCUACUCCAGUCUGGCCAACAGGACUCCGGGGUUCGCUGAAAGUGGACAAAGUAGCGGGCAGUUCCAAGGGCGGCCCUCGGAGGUCUGGUCCCAGUGGCAGAGCCAGCACCACGGCCAGCAGAGCGGCGAGCACUCCCACCAGCAGCCGGGCCAGACCGAAGUGUUCCAGGUAACGCAGCGGGCGCCGCCUCUAGGAGGACAUGCUGCCCAUGCCGGGAGACCCGACCCAGGGGCCCGGCAACUACAACAUAGAAGACUUCGCCGACCUGGGCAUGUUCCCGCCGUUUUCGGAGUAGCCGCGGGCCGAGCGAGGCGUCCGCUGUGCCGUGCCACGCGUGCUGUGACGCUGACGCCCAUGUGAGUGGAGCCCCGCUCGCCCUGCCGCCGGAGCCCCCAGCAGAAGGCCCCUCGCUCCCCUGCGUGGCCCCAGGCACGGCCUCGUUCAGCUCUAACCCGCAGCCUCGGCCAGAGCCCUGCUGGACGCCGGGGGUCGGUUGUAUUUAUUGUGUUGUCUCUGUGUGUCCUUGGGAGGUGAGACCGUUGGGUCCUUCACAUCUGGUUGUGAAUAAUCUCGUCGUAGACAGUUUUCGCCGAUAAAACGCUUAGUUCCCAUCCAGGUUGCCCCAGCGCCCCCACCCCCAGGCCUGCCCAGGAAGCUGGAACCAGGUGUUUUCUUGGCCUUUAUCUCCUGGGUGUGGGCGGGGCUCAGGGCACCAGGAGGAGGCGUGAGCGGGAGGUGAGGACACAGGGACCUGAGGUGGGCCUGGCUCCCGGGCCCCAGCUCACCGCGUCCCGGCACCGCCUGUGCUGUGGGACGUGUGUCCUUUGUGCCGUGUGAUGUCCUUUGUGCCCUGUCCUGAUGGACGUGCUGUGCCCGUGUCUGUUGUGUGGCCAGAGUGAGUGUCAGAGGCCAGGGUGUGUUGCGAGCACGCCCCCACGUGCAGCCCCACUCUAGCUCAGCAGCACCCCAAAUGGAAGGAGCAGGGCUUGGGCGCCAGGCUGGUGGGCUGAGCCGAGCAAGCGGGGCUCACGGAGGUGUCUGUCCUCCGGGCUCCAUUGCUGAGGCCACCUGGGGGUCACCGAGGGCCUUGUAGCAGGUGUCAGUGGGGGGCGGGACACCCAGGCCCUGUCCUGUGCUCCGAGCCUGUUUCCCCAGGACCGGCCCCAGGGCGUGGGGGGUGGGGGGUGUUCUCAGUGACUCUGGCGAUGGUUUAGAGCUGAGUCUCACACGUGGAGGUGGGAACACUUCCUGAAACACUUCCUGCCAGGCCGCCCAAGCCUGCUUGCUUCCGCCAGCUGGGGA